GAAAGAAGAAAAAGAAAAAAAGGUUUUAAAAAUGGAAAUUAGCAGGCAAAAUUUCCAGAGCUAUUGACGGGACGUAUCUAUCCUGAAAGCAGGCAGCUCAGUCAUUCUUCCCUCAAAGCGUAGGCCAGAAACUGCAGGAAGGACACUGAGGCCUUGAUGCUGGCUGCCUAAAAGAAGCAUGAAGUCGGGCUUUAUAUCUUUAGUAAGAAAUACAUCUUAGAACAAUCAUUUAUAGUAUUUGAAGAAAAAUGUAAUUUCUCAAAGAUUUGAAUGUGAAAUGGCCUUUUAGAGGUUGUUUGAAGACCGGACACGGUUUUGAAAUGCUAAGUGAAUUUGGUAGACACGAUGAAGUCCUGAGUAGAACUUGAAUGUCUUAAAUUACUUCAAAAAAAACUCCAAGAAGGAAAACCCAUGGCAGUGUAGUGUCAGAAGAACCAAAGGAGUUUCUAGGAAGAGAAGUGGUCAAGUGGACUGGCCCUAGAACACAUUUCGGCAGUUUUCUUUGUGGGCGGACCAUUGUGGUAGCCACACCAGAGAUGAACUACUCAGCUUAUCUUCCUCUGUUUUCGUACUCCCUUGUGAGUGGCAGAGAUCACCAGAAUUCCAAGAAGCUUAAAUGUAAAACAUGAAGCAUUUACAUAGUGUCUUACUUGGAUUAUUUUACAGUCCUCCUAAUAUGAUCACUCUUCCCCAUCUUUCAGAGAAGAAACCGAGCUCCACAGUGAUGUUCCUAGGAUUCCAGAGCAAAGUCAGUGAUGCAGCUACAGCUCCAGUCAUGCUAGCCAGUUCCCAGAGGACACAGAGCCAUCAUUCAGCACAGUGUGGCUCACAUCCUUAAGCCCAGCACUUGGGAGAUGAAGGCAGGAUGCCUGGGCUGUGGAGAUUCUGAUGCUUCAUGAAAUGCCAUCAUGUAGAGAAAUAAUGAACACUGGCCUAUUUUGGACUAACUGACAACCCUCAGAAAUGACACAAUAAUCACCCACAGGGAAGCUGAGCAUACACACUCUGUUUGGAGUGGACAACCCAAAUUGUCACUGGAGUUUCAAAAUGACAGACCCAAUGAUGGACUUUUUUGAUGAUGCUAAUCUCUUUGGUGAGACUUUAGAAGGCUUGUCGGAUGAUGCAUUUGUACAGCCGGGACCUGUCUCACUGGUUGAUGAACUGAACUUGGGUGCAGAGUUUGAGCCUUUGCACAUAGACUCACUAAACCAUGUUCAAGGUACUCCAACACACCAGAAGAUGGCAGAUUUUGAACAGUUAAGUCAGUUUGACUCGAUGAAGUUUCAUCCAGUUAACCAAUCUUUCGGCAGUCCAGUUGAACACGUGUUAUCUCCACACUCUCAAUUUAAUUGCUCUCCAAUUCAUCCCCCAAACCAGCCCAAUGGCUUGUUUCAAGAUGUAGCAGAUGGCAGUCCAAUGUGGGGUCACCAGACAGCUACUGGCCUCGCUAAUCAAAAUGGAUCCCCCUUUCACCAACCAGGACAUUCACACUCUCUGCAUCAAAAUAAAAGCUUUGUGGCGCACCAUGACUUUGCCUUAUUUCAGGCCAGUGAACAUCAAACACAGUGUUCUUCCCUUCACUCACAACAAAACAGAAGUAACCUUAACCCAGGGCAAAACUCUCUUGGCCAGGCUAAAAAUUUUCUAGACGCUAAUGUUUCCGGCGCACACAGAGUUAACGUUAACCACCUCUCCACUGCCCCCUCCUCACAGCAGACUCUUCCAGUGCAGUUUUCUCCGACUGCAAACCCUCCUGCACACUUCCUCAAGUGCAGCAGUCACCAGGAAGGCAACUAUAACAGACCUUCUCCAAGUAUGACUUCCUGUUCUGUGAGUAACUCGCAACAGUUCCCUUCACACUAUUCCUUCUCCAGUGGUCACGUGUCACCAAGCAGUCUCCUUCAGUCAUCUGCAGGUCUCGCUCCCGGCCAUACAAAUCAGGCUUUAUCUGAUUUUGCUGGAAGUAACUCCUUUUCUCCUCAUAGGGGAAUGAAGCAAGAACCCACACAGCAUCUCCUGAACCCCACUCCAUCUCUGAAUUCAAGUAAUUUUCAAAUUUUGCAUUCGUCACAUCCUCAGGGUAAUUAUAGCAACUCAAAAUUAUCGCCCGUGCACAUGAACUUCCCAGAUCCUGUUGACGCAGGACCUCCAGUGGGUCAUUUCAAUGACCACGCGGAAACUAAUGGUUUCUCAUCUUUAGAAGAGAAUUUACUUCAUCACGUAGAAGCUCAUGCAGAACCAUUUGCAGGACUUGACCCAGAAGACCUCCUGCAGGAGGGUCUCCUCCCCCAAUUUGACGAAUCACCAUUUGGACAAGAUAAUUCAAAUCAUGUUUUAGAUCAUGACCUUGACCGCCAGUUCACUUCGCAUCUUGUCUCGAGGCCUUCUGACAUGGCUCAAACUCAGCUGCAAUAUCAGGCUCGGGGCUGGCCUUCCCCACUGUCUACCAACCAUCAACAUUUACACAGCAGAAAUCAUCUAUGUUUACAGCGGCAGCCUCCAUCUUCCAAGAAGAGUGAUGGUUCUGGGACAUACACUAAGCUGCAGAAUACCCAGGUGAGGGUCAUGUCUGAGAAGAAGCCACGAAAAAGGGUGGAAUCAGAAAGCAAGCAAGAAAAGGCUAAUCGUAUAAUAUCAGAGGCCAUAGCAAGAGCAAAGGAACGAGGGGAACGUAAUAUUCCACGAGUAAUGAGCCCUGAGAACUUUCCUAGUGCUUCAGUCGAAGGGAAAGAAGAAAAGAGAGGUCGGAGGAUGAAAUCUAAGCCAAAAGACAGAGACAACAAAAAACCAAAAACAUGUUCUAAGUUGAAAGAGAAGACAAAAAUUGGCAAGCUCAUCAUUACUUUGGGUAAGAAACACAAGAGAAGGAACGAGUCUUCCGAUGAGCUGUCUGAUGCCGAGCAGAGGUCCCAGCACACGUUCAAAGAGCAGCACUCUCAAAAAAGAAGAUCAAAUCGACAAAUUAAGAGGAAAAAAUAUGCAGAAGAUGCAGAAGGAAAGCAAUCUGAAGAAGAAGUGAAAGGCAGUCUGAGAGUUAAGAGGAACUCGGCUCCUCCGCCUGGAGAGCAGCCUCUGCAGCUGUUUGUGGAAAAUCCAAGUGAAGAAGAUGCUGCAAUUGUAGACAAAAUACUAGCUUGUAGGACUGUAAAAAAGGAAGUAUCACCUGGAGUUAUGCUUGAUAUAGAAGAAUUUUUUGUAAAGUACAAAAAUUACUCUUAUCUCCACUGUGAGUGGGCCACGGAACAGCAGCUUUUGAAAGAUAAAAGGAUCCAGCAGAAAAUCAAGCGAUUCAAGCUGAGACAAGCACAGAGGGCACACUUUUUGGCAGAUAUGGAAGAAGAACCCUUUAACCCUGACUACGUUGAAGUAGACAGAAUAUUGGAAGUUUCUUUUUGUGAAGAUAAGGAUACUGGUGAGUCUGUUAUUUACUACUUGGUAAAGUGGUGCUCACUGCCAUAUGAAGAUAGCACUUGGGAAUUAAAAGAAGAUGUAGAUCUUGCAAAAAUUGAAGAGUUUGAACAACUUCAAGCUUCACGGCCUGACACAAGACACUUGGACCGUCCUCCCUCUAACAUUUGGAAGAAAAUAGAGCAAUCCAGGGAAUAUAAAAAUGGCAAUCAACUCAGGGAAUAUCAACUAGAAGGACUCAACUGGCUCUUGUUCAAUUGGUAUAAUAGACGAAACUGCAUUUUAGCAGAUGAAAUGGGUCUUGGCAAAACCAUUCAGUCGAUUACAUUCCUCUACGAAAUCCUGCUGACGGGUAUAAGAGGUCCUUUCCUGAUUAUUGCACCGCUUUCUACCAUUGCAAACUGGGAAAGAGAAUUCCGAACAUGGACGGAUAUUAACGUUGUCGUUUAUCAUGGGAGCCUGAUUAGCAGACAGAUGAUACAGCAAUAUGAGAUGUACUUCAGGGACUCUCAGGGGCGCAUCAUCCGAGGAGCGUACCGGUUCCAAGCCAUCAUCACUACCUUUGAAAUGAUUCUUGGGGGCUGUGGAGAACUUAAUGCAAUUGACUGGCGAUGUGUGAUUAUUGAUGAAGCACACAGGUUAAAAAAUAAAAAUUGUAAACUCCUGGAGGGUUUGAAACUCAUGAAUCUGGAACACAAGGUGCUCUUGACUGGCACUCCUCUCCAAAACACAGUCGAGGAACUGUUCAGCCUUCUUCACUUUCUUGAACCCUUAAGGUUUCCAUCUGAAUCAACAUUCAUGCAAGAGUUUGGAGACCUGAAAACAGAGGAACAGGUACAGAAACUUCAGGCUAUCCUUAAACCAAUGAUGCUGAGACGAUUAAAAGAAGAUGUGGAGAAGAAAUUGGCACCCAAGGAAGAGACUAUUAUUGAAGUAGAGCUUACCAACAUUCAAAAGAAAUACUAUAGGGCUAUUUUAGAGAAGAACUUCUCAUUUUUAUCCAAAGGAGCUGGACAAACAAACGUACCUAACUUGGUCAAUACCAUGAUGGAGCUCAGGAAAUGCUGCAAUCAUCCGUAUCUUAUCAAAGGUGCUGAGGAGAAAAUACUUGGAGAAUUUAGAGAUACAUACAAUCCAUCUGCCUCUGAUUUUCAUCUGCAAGCAAUGAUCCAAUCUGCUGGUAAACUGGUCCUCAUUGAUAAGUUACUUCCCAAAAUGAAAGCCGGCGGCCAUAAAGUGCUGAUCUUCUCUCAGAUGGUCCGCUGCCUUGACAUCCUGGAAGACUACCUUAUCCAUAAGAGAUAUUUAUAUGAGCGAAUUGAUGGUAGAGUCAGAGGAAAUCUUCGACAAGCAGCCAUAGAUCGAUUUAGUAAACCUGAUUCAGAUCGAUUCGUUUUCCUCCUGUGUACCCGAGCUGGUGGUCUGGGCAUCAACCUAACUGCAGCAGAUACAUGCAUCAUUUUUGAUUCUGAUUGGAAUCCUCAAAAUGACCUCCAGGCCCAAGCUCGUUGCCACAGAAUUGGUCAGAACAAAGCAGUUAAAGUCUACAGAUUAGUAACUCGAAACUCCUAUGAGAGAGAGAUGUUUGACCGAGCCAGCUUGAAACUGGGCCUAGAUAAAGCCGUGCUACAGAGCAUGAGUGGAAGAGACAGUAAUGUCAGCGGUAUUCAGCAGCUUUCCAAAAAAGAAAUAGAAGACCUGCUUCGAAGAGGUGCCUAUGGAGCCAUUAUGGAGGAGGAAGAUGAAGGCUCUAAAUUCUGUGAGGAAGAUAUUGACCAGAUUUUACUUCGUCGUACAAAAACUAUCACAAUCGAAUCAGAAGGACGUGGGUCAACAUUUGCUAAGGCAAGCUUUGUAGCAUCUGGAAACCGGACGGAUAUCUCCUUAGAUGAUCCCAACUUCUGGCAAAAAUGGGCUAAAAAAGCAGAACUAGACAUAGACACCAUCAGUGGCAGAAACAGUUUAGUUAUUGACACCCCAAGAAUUCGGAAGCAAACCAGACCCUUUAGUGCCACAAAAGAUGAAUUGGCUGAAUUAUCUGAAGCUGAAAGUGAAGGAGAAGAGAAACCCAAACUCCGGAGACCCUGUGACCGAUCCGGUGGCUAUGGGAGGACUGAAUGCUUUAGAGUGGAGAAAAACCUACUGGUUUAUGGGUGGGGCCGAUGGCGAGAGAUCCUGUCUCACGGGCGUUUUAAGCGGCAGCUGAAUGAGCAUGAUGUGGAAGUCAUUUGCCGGGCCCUCCUAGCCUAUUGCCUCGUUCACUAUCGGGGCGAUGAAAAAAUUAAAGGCUUCAUAUGGGAUCUCAUCACUCCCACUGAAGAUGGCCAGACUCGAGAGCUGCAGAAUCACUUAGGCCUCUCCGCUCCUGUGCCCAGGGGCCGAAAGGGGAAGAAAGUAAAGACGCAGACAAGCUCCUUUGACAUCCAGAAAGCAGAGUGGCUCCGGAAAUAUAACCCAGAGCAGCUCCUGCAAGACGAGGGCUACAAGAAACACGUCAAGCACCACUGCAACAAAGUCCUGCUUCGUGUAAGGAUGCUGUACUAUCUAAAGCAAGAAGUCAUUGGAAAUGAGAGUCAAAAAGUCUUUGAUGGAGUUGAUGCAAGUGACAUUGAUGUGUGGGUGCCAGAGCCAGACCAUUCCGAGGUUCCUGCUGCGUGGUGGGACUUUGAUGCUGAUAAGUCUCUUCUUAUUGGGGUUUUUAAGCACGGUUAUGAAAAGUACAACACGAUCAGAGCAGACCCAGCUUUGUGCUUCUUGGAAAGAGUGGGCAAGCCUGACGACAAGGCUGUCGCUGCUGAACAGAGAGCCAAUGACUACAUGGAUGGGGAUGUGGAAGAUCCAGAAUACAAGCCUGCCCCAGCCAUCUUUAAAGAUGAUAUUGAGGAUGACGUUUCCUCACCUGGCGACCUGGUCAUAGCUGAUGGAGAGGGUCAAUUGAUGGAAGGGGAUAAAGUGUAUUGGCCUACCCCGUCAGCUCUGACCACACGGCUAAGACGUCUCAUCACUGCAUAUCAGCGAACUAAUAAAAACAGACACAUCCAGCAAAUACAACCCACGUUCUCAGUGCCUGCCAAUGCCAUGCAGCCUCUUUACGAAGAAGCUGCCCUGAACCCUAAAAUGGCAGCUAAGAUUGAAAGACAGCAGAGAUGGACAAGGAGAGAAGAAGCUGACUUUUAUCGAGUUGUGUCUACAUUUGGAGUCGUUUUUGACCCAGACAGAGGGCAGUUUGAUUGGACAAAAUUCAGAGCUCUGGCUAGGCUACACAAGAAAACUGAUAACAGCUUGGAGAAGUAUUUGUGUGCGUUCAUGUCCAUGUGCCGGAGGGUUUGUCGUCUUCCUUCCAAAGAAGAAUUGGUCGAUCCAAAUAUUUUUAUUCAACCAAUCACAGAAGAACGUGCUUCUAGGACUUUAUAUCGCAUUGAACUUCUAAGAAAAGUACGGGAGCAGGCUCUUCGUCACCCACAGUUGUUUGAACGCUUGAAGCUUUGCCAUCCAAAUCCAGACUUACCUAUCUGGUGGGAGUGUGGCUCUCAUGAUAGGGAUUUGCUCAUUGGUGCUGCCAAACAUGGAGUCAGCCGGACCGACUACCACAUUCUGCGUGAUCCUGAACUCUCGUUUAUGGCAGCUCAGAGGAACUACAAUCAGAGUAAGGCGGCUCACUCAAGGACUGCUACCCCACUUUUACAGCAAUACCAAGUAGCACUUUCUGCUUCUCCUCUUACCUCUUUGCCUAGACUGCUAGGUGCUAAAGGGACUCUUCUAGAGGAUAUGAAAGUUAAGAGUGAAAGCCUCACAGAAGAGCCCCAGUCCUCUGAAGAAGAAUCUAUGUCUUCUAUGGAAACAAGGACACGAGUUAAAUCUGAGCCUGUAAGUCCAAAGAAUGGUGUUUUAUCACAGGCUACUGGAGACCAGAAAUCUGGUGGGAAAAGUGAAACAGACAGACGCAUGGUUGCAGCCAGAACAGAACCCCUAACUCCAAACCCAGCUUCUAAGAAACAGAGAGUCCACAAAAGAGGAUCAGAGUCCAGUUCUGAUUCUGACUCUGAUUCUGAGCGCUCAUCGUGUUCUUCCAGAUCCUCCUCCUCCUCUUCCUCCUCCUCUUGUUCACACUCUCGAUCAGGCUCUAGCUCUUCUUCAUCCUCAUCUUGUUCUUCGGCAUCUUCCUCCUCCUCCUCAUCUUCCUCCUCCUCCUCCUCAUCUUCUUCAUCAUCAUCAGAAGAAAGUGACAGUGAAGAAGAUGUCCAGAAGCGAGAAGGCACGCCGCACGGGAAAGCCUAUGAUGAGGAGAGCGUCGCAUCACUGAGCACGACCCAAGAUGAAACUCAGGACAGUUUCCAGGCAAACAAUGGCACGCCAGAGCCUGCCUGCCUGCUACAAGGUGGAUAUACGCUGGCAGCCUCAUAUUGGCCAAAGGACCGGGUAAUGAUCAACCGCCUGGACAGUAUUUGUCAGACAGUUCUGAAAGGGAAGUGGCCGUCAGCUAGAAGACAUUAUGAUGCUAACACGGUGGCGUCCUUCUAUACCACAAAACUGCUGGAUAGCCCCGGAGCAGCUACAGAACACAGCGAGCCCAGCGUCCCCACACCCCCAGCCGUUGCUGUCAAAGAAGAGCAUGAACAGUCAGCACAGAUGUCAAAGGUGAAGAAGCAUGUACGAGAAAAGGAGUUUACAGUGAAAAUCAAAGACGAAGGUGGCUUGAAGUUGACAUUUCAGAAGCAGGGGCUUGCCCAGAAAAGACCAUUUGAUGGUGAAGAUGGCACCCUGGGUCAGCAGCAGUACCUCACUCGCCUUCGGGAGCUCCAGAGCACAUCGGAGACUAGCCUUGUUAACCUCCCCAAAUCUGUGCCAGCAUCAGGUACUUCCAUUCAGUCAACCCUCGGUGCCAACGGAGUGAUACUAGACAGCCAGCCUAUAGUGAAGAAAAGGCGGGGAAGGAGAAGGAACGUAGAAGGUGCUGACAUCCUCUUUUUGAACAGAAAUAAGCCACCCAAUCAUAUUCCCACCGGGAUGAACCCAGCACUGUCCUAUCCUCAGCCUCAAAGAAUUCCUGACACAGAGAGUCCUGUUCCAGUUAUUAACCUCAAAGACGGGACAAGGCUCGCAGGAGAUGAUGCGCCGAAGAGAAAGGACCUGGACAGAUGGCUUAAGGAGCACCCCGGUUAUGUGGAGGACCUCGGAGCCUUUAUCCCAAGAGUGCAGCUGCACGAGGGAAGACCCAAACAGAAAAGGCAUCGAUGCCGAAACCCAAACAAACUCGAUGUCAACAGUCUCACUGGGGAAGAGCGGGUGCAGCUGAUUAACAGAAGGAAUGCGAGAAAGGUUGGAGGCGCAUUUGCUCCUCCUUUGAAAGACUUAUGUAGAUUCCUGAAAGAAAAUUCAGAAUAUGGAGUGGCUCCUGAAUGGGGAGAUGUUGUUAAGCAGUCUGGGUUUCUUCCAGAAAGUAUGUUUGAACGCAUUCUCACUGGUCCAGUUGUGAGAGAGGAAGUAAGCAGGCGGGGGAGAAGGCCUAAAAGUGGAAUUGCCAAGGCUACCGCAGCAGCAGCAGCAGCAGCAGCUCCUGCCGGCAGUGUGCCAGGCAACCCUUUGCUGGCCAAUGGAUUGCUUCCAGGCAUGGAUCUCACAGCUCUUCAGGCCUUACAACAAAAUCUGCAGAACCUGCAGUCACUGCAAGUGACUGCAGGGCUGAUGGGCAUGCCUGCUGGCCUCUCUCCUGGAGGAGAAACUAAAAACAUGGCUGCUAUGUUCCCCAUGCUGUUCUCAGGAAUGGCCGGGUUACCAAAUCUGCUAGGCAUGGGAGGACUCCUGUCAAAGACUGCAGAGUCUGGGGCGGAAGAAAAGCGAGGAAAUGACUCGAAGGAGCUAGAAGGAAAAAAAGAAAGGACAGAGAGCCAAAGUUCAGAGAAUGGAGGAGAACGCUGUGUGCCAGGUUCUCCUUCGACUUCCUCCACGGCUGCAUUGAAUUCAGCUGCAGCUGCCAAGCCCAUAGCUCUUAACCCACUGUUGCUGUCUAACAUACUUUACCCAGGGAUGCUGCUCACUCCAGGCCUUAAUCUUCAUCUUCCAACCUUGUCUCAGUCCAAUACUUUUGAUGUACAGAAAAACAAAAGUAGUGACUUAGACUCAUCUAAGUCAAUCGAAAUAAAGGAAGAAGAUUCCAGAGUUAGAGAUCAGGAAGAGAAAGGGGGAACUGAGCCUAGUCCUCUCAACGAGAACAGCACAGACGAGGGUUCAGAGAGAGCGUCUUCCGGGUCUGACAGCUCCUCCUCCUCCUCCUCCGAGGAUUCAGACUCAAGCAAUGAAGACUGACUGGGGCUCUGCAACCUCCUCCUGAACUGGUUUUGCCUUUUCUUUAAUUACUAACUGUAAAUAGCCCAGUGUUGAGUGCAUCAAUAACUUACUGACAGACAUUUCAGGUGUUUGUUUAGAAGUGCAAACUGCUUUCAGAGAUGUUUUGCAUGUCCUCUUUCUUAAGAUCCAUACGUUUCUGAACUCGAUGUACUAUCCGAUACAUACACGUAUAAAGUUACAACAAAAGGCAUUAGAAUUUUGUUGGGGGUUAAUUUUAUGAAAAUGAUGCUCAAUAAGAGUUGUAUAUUUAAUAUAUUUGCAGUGAACACAGAAUACUUUAUGCAUAUUACUGAUUUAAUUUGAAUAUAGUUUUACAGCCUCCUUGACACCUAUAAUUUACAGAUCAAAACUCAGCAAUAAUUUGGGCAGCUAAUGAAUGUCAUGAAAGCUGUAGCCUCUCCGUCACCAUCCAUUGCUUUAAUUACAUGACAACGCUCUAGUGUCACGAUGCACUGCUCAUGUCUCCAAUUCAGGUACAAGUAUGUUUUAAAGAAGAAGUAAGUUUCCCAAUCAGCCAUUUAUCUGGCUACCUGUUACCUCAGCUGAGUUAGUUUAGGAAGGUUUACAUUCGUUUCUAAGUCUGUGCUUGUUUUCAGGGGUUUUAAACACAUCCUCUCUAUCACGUCAAUCUGGCCAGGACCGUGACUUGCAUUUUGCUGAACUUAACUCAGAAAUCAGUAAAAAUGAAGUCAUAAAAUAAUCAUGUGUCAUAUGGCUUUGGUACCCUGUACACAUACAUUAAAACUUUUCGAAGUUUGGCCUCCUAUUAAAAUAAUUAUGUCUCAGAUGAAUAAUGUCUUGUUUCCAGGGUUCAGAAAGGCAAACUCAUGAAACGCCACUGAGAACUUUGAACACCGCACCCUUCACGUACAGGAAAGUGUGUGUUUGCUUUAUUUGUAUAGGUUUCUGUUUGUGUCUUAUGUCCUGGAAAUAUUCCAAAAUAACAGGUAAUAGUAGUCAAGUAAAAUGCAGAUAGUCUGAAUUAAUUGAGUUUCUAGGAGUAAGAAGUCGGCAUGUUACCCAGAGUCAGUGUUGGGCUAUCAGUUUAUAAUAAAUGCUGAAAUAUGCCCACUUUGAAAAUGCACUUUGACUAAUCUCAAAAUGAUGUACAAAUUAUACCUAUGAAGUUCAAGGCUUCUGUUCUGUUUCUUACAAUCCUUUGUCAUGUACAAUUUGUCUGGUAUUUGAUUUGUGAUAUCAUUUCUCCUGCUGAAGCUGCUAUCAUUCUGACAAGGUAGAGGUCCAAGGUUUACCUUCAUAUACAUUGGAAACAAUUAGAACAGACUUAGACAUUCUAAGGAGAGAUAAAUAUUAGCAUUUUCCUCGUGUCUAAAUAAAUCAUGCUAAAGUUUGCAAGGUGAUAAAUUUGGGAGGAGUACCCCAGUUCUUUCCUAUGGGAAAACUGACUUCCAGUAUGAUUCAACAGAGCUGUUGUUGUCCUGGACUAAGCGAUUGUACUGGGUUUCCCAAGACCUUUACCAGUAAAUUAUGUUUCUGUAUGUAAAAACGUAACCCAUUAUUAGACAAUGUUAUAUGUAUUUACCAAAUUAUGUAAGUUCCAUUGGGAUUGUAUUAUUAAUUUUUGUAUUUUCUCAAAAUAGUACUUUGAAUUGAUAGUUCUUUAUGCAAUGUUUUAGCAAUAGUCACUGUAAUCCCCAUCCAGGAGCAGUGGGUAGUAACCCUUCAUCAUGAAAAUGAUAUACUACAUAUUUACUGUGUUCCCUUUGCAGUAUUGCACUUUUGUUUAACUAGAACAUACCUGUGAGAUAGCCAAAGUUUUUCAGACAGUUACCUUGGUUUUCAGUGGAGUGUUUCAAUACCACCCGCAGCCCACUCUUCCUCUAGGCCUGCCCAUAGGACCUUUAUUCCUCUUUCCCAAUUAAAAGGAAAAAAUGAGGUUAAAAAAAAAAACUUAGAUCUUGUCAUUAAAAUCUAAUUUAUAGCAAAAUCUAUGAGAUAAAGUAUUUUCCUAAUUAUGGUCUAAUAAAUUUGGGUAACAUCCUAGUGAUUCUUUCUAUAUAUACGUUAGUUACUGUUUUCAAAGCAUAAGGCUAAUGUUAACUUUAAACAUUCUCUUGGGUUUCAAGACAUGUCUUUGUAGAUUGAUUGGGGGAAGGUGGUCCAGGUGUCAGCUAAGAAAACCAUGCAGAUCUGGAAAUAUAAAGUUAAGGAUUAUAGGAAGCAAGUCGAUGCAGUUCCACUUACUCAAGCUGCAGCUGAAAGGCUAUCCCAGUGCGUGUCGUUAGUUCCUGAGAGAGUUAGAGCUGGUGUUGCCUUGUGUUCUACCCCUUGUUUCAGGCCUCAUGACUCAGUCUUAGUCCAAGUUUUCUUUUGGACAUUUGCAAUAUUUACCAGUUGUGUUUUGUGUAGUCUAAAUUUGCUUUCUGUAGUUGAGCAAACGUCUUAAAAAGUCAUUUGUAAUUUAUUAAAUUACUUUCUAUGAUGUUCUAUAGAGCAAAUGGAAGUUUAAUUAUUUUUUAUUAAACAUAUUCUUUGA